UUUUCUAGUCCGUUUUACUGGUCGGACUAAUCUUGAAAAUUCUACAUUAUCAUGAAAACUGUUUUUAAUUGAAGGUUGGGUCAAUCAACCGUUCUUAAAUUUUUCCCUAUUAUUUUUGCACGAUAAAUCAAUACGGCCAUUCGAUCUAGCAGAACACUGCACGCAGAGACGCAAUGCGGAUUUGUUACCUUGCAGGUAGGGCCGUGUUUCGAAAUUCGCCAUGACCCUCGCGUCCUGCUUUGAACUUCGAUCAGUGACGGUCAAGAGCUUGCAUUAUUUAUGCAGGAACAGCCUUGCGAAAUGUUCAAAGGAUCCACAUAAGAUACCGCAGUCAGCAGAAGUUGAUCGGAAGCUCAAAUAAAAAUUAAAGAAUGUUCCUAUAUUUUAAAUCGCGUCUUACGUUUGCCCAUUGAAUGAUAAAAUGUGGCCCUCGUAAUUUACAAGUAUGAAAUUGAUAUACUUUCAUGGUUUUUAAAAAUACCAAAAUAAAAACUAUACAUGAGCUGAUCAAUGCGGCAUUACUGCUUUGUUGCUAUGUGUUACGAUGACAAGAAAUAUGACACGCGUUCACACACGAUCAUUCGUGUAUAAACGUAAACAUUGCAGUUAGACUUGUUUUGUAAUCAGUGAUCUUUUUCAAGUGCAAAAGAGUGCCCCUUUUAUCAAUUUUUCAAUGUUUGUUAUUAAUUUUAGUCGAACAUUUUCAAAUGAUGAUUUCUUUUAGGAACAUCCUAAAAAUUUUGAGUGCCAAUUUUUCAUUAUGAAUGAAAAUAUUUUAAAAAGUAUCAUCAAGAGCAGCAAUUUAGCUGAUAAAAGUGCAUCAUCAGAUGAUUGGCAAUCCAUAAAUGAAAAUGAAAAUUUUCCAGUCGUCAAACCUAAUCUCAAUGAAAAACUAUCAAGUACAUUCACAAAACUUUUGUCGUAUAAAGUUUCUAGGGAAGCUUAUCAGCGUUACUCUGUCAGAUUAAAUGUCAUUGAUACUUUGAGAGAUUGGACAAGAAUUAAAAGUUCUGUAGGAAAAGUUCUUCCUCAUCAAGAAUUAAAAAAAUCAAGUGACCUACUCUUGAGUAUUAUGAAAAAAUAUGCAUCUGAAGAAGUGAUUGAAAGUUGCGAUGAUGUUGAUAAUCUUGUCCAGAUGGCUGAAGUUUUGUUGAAUUCAACAACAGAUAGAUCGUCAAUGAGAUGUUUUGAAAAUGUGAUAAAAAGAAUAAUAGAUUUAGAGCAAACUGAAAAAAGUCAGGCUUUUUUAAAAUAUAUUUUUCAUAAGAGUGACAAUUUAAAAUUAAGUUCUAUUCUAGUUGAGAGUAUAUACACAACUCAAAAAUGUUGGUUGAUAGAAAAGCCAUUUAAUGACUGUUUUAUGUCUUGCUGCACGGAUGAAAAACAAAAUUUUGAACAAAAACUAAGAGAGUUUGACUUUCUAUUUGAAAAAAUAAGUUGUGAUCCAUCGUUGUUUCAGCUUUUAUCUGAGCAAAUGAGAAGUAUGUUUGUCAUAACAAAGUAUGCUGAAAAAACUCAAACUUUUAUAAAAAAUGUAUUGAAACAAAUUGAUUUACAUUGCAGUAAGUAUAGCAAAGACACAUUAGAUCUUUAUCCAAUUAAUUUACAAUUCUGUGUCAUUCUUUUAAGAAUAAAGCCAGAAAAUCAUUCAAGUGAUUCUAAGAGUCAUACAGUAAAUUCGUUAAAACAAAUAUUUUUAAAAAAUCAUGAUGAUGCUUUAGUAUUAGUUUCCCAUUUUCCAGACUGGCUCCCAGAGUAUGAAAAUUUUUUUCAUAUUAUUGAAACUCCAGUGCAAAAAGCAUUAUAAUUGUCACAAACUUUUUGCAAGAAGGAAAUGAAUGU